CGGCAGGGGUGGGGCUGGAGAAGAAGGCUAACUUGACAGCAGCGCUCUUUCUUGGCUAGUCACCGGCCCCUGCCCAAGAAUCCCCGUGUGUGUAGCCUCCGCAGAGAGGUGCUCCUCCCGAGUCCUGAGGGGCCGCCCAGCCUCCAAGAACCGGGGGGCAGCAUCCCAGCCAUGAGCCACUGCGGGGCUCUGCUGGGGGGCAAGGAGCCUGGAGCACUCACACCCCUUCGGCCGCUCCGGAGGGAGAGGUGAGCCGGGCAGCCAGCCCGCAGCCAGCGGUGCCGCAGCCCCGGGCCUGUCAUGGUGGCCGUCCGCCGGCUAGAGGCCUUCCCAGACGGGUUUGCAGCUGAGCUUGUGUAUCUGGUGUGGGAAGAAGAUGGGGAGUUACUUGUCCGUCCAGGCUUACUUCACCUCCAGAGACCCCUUCCGAAGGCAGAGUCUGCUGGGGACCAGCAUGCUGUGGACUCAACGGAGGAGAGUCACAGUGCCAUUUAAUGUUGGGUCCUGGGCUUAAGGAGAAGCGUCAGCAGGUGUUAACACUUGAAGGAACUCGCGCUCUCAGGGCUCCAGCCUCCAUGUUUUUAAAGAUGCGAACCCUGAGACCCAGCUCAGUGGAUGUGCUGUACCAUUGGGUGUGUUCUGAAUGCCAGGAUUCGCUCACCAACUGGUACUACGAGAAGGAUGGGAAGCUCUACUGCCACAAGGACUACUGGGGGAAGUUUGGGGAGUUCUGCCACGGGUGCUCUCUGCUGAUGACAGGGCCUGUCAUGGUGGCUGGGGAGUUCAAGUACCACCCUGAAUGCUUUGCCUGUAUGAGCUGCAAGGUGAUCAUUGAGGAUGGGGACGCAUACGCCCUGGUGCAGCAUGCCACCCUCUACUGUGGGAAGUGCCACAACGAGGUAGUGCUGGCACCCAUGUUUGAGAGGCUGUCCACGGAGUCUGUCCAGGACCAGCUGCCCUACUCCGUCACACACAUCUCCUUGCCAGCCACCACCGAGGGCAGGCGGGGCUUCUCCGUGUCCGUGGAGAGUGUCUGCUCCAACUAUGCCACCACCGUGCAAGUGAAAGAAGUCAACCGGAUGCACAUCAGUCCCAACAACCGCAACGCCAUCCACCCCGGGGACCGCAUCCUGGAGAUCAAUGGGACCCCCGUCCGCACACUCCGAGUGGAGGAGGUAGAAGAUGCAAUUAGCCAGACGAGCCAGACGCUUCAGCUCUUGAUUGAACAUGACCCCGUCUCCCAGCGCCUGGACCAGCUGCGGCUGGAUGCACGGCUCUCGCCCCACACUCAGAAUGACAGACACGCGCACACCCUCAGCCCCCUGGACACCAAGGAGAAUCUGGAAGGGACGCUGAGGAGACGCUCCCUGAGGCGCAGUAACAGCAUCUCCAAGUCCCCUGGCCCCAGCUCCCCAAAGGAGCCCCUCCUGCUCAGCCGUGAUAUCAGCCGCUCAGAAUCCCUCCGCUGUUCCAGCAGCUACUCGCAGCAGAUUUUCCGGCCGUGUGACCUGAUCCACGGGGAGGUCCUGGGGAAGGGCUUCUUUGGGCAGGCCAUCAAGGUGACACACAAAGCCACAGGCAAAGUGAUGGUCAUGAAGGAGUUGAUUCGGUGUGACGAGGAGACACAGAAGACUUUUCUGACUGAGGUGAAGGUGAUGCGCAGCCUAGACCACCCCAACGUGCUCAAGUUCAUUGGUGUGCUGUAUAAGGACAAGAAGCUGAACCUGCUGACGGAGUACAUCGAGGGGGGCACACUGAAGGACUUCCUGCGCAGCGUGGACCCGUUCCCCUGGCAACAGAAGGUCAGGUUUGCCAAAGGCAUCGCCUCUGGAAUGGCCUAUUUGCAUUCCAUGUGUAUCAUCCACCGGGAUCUGAACUCGCACAACUGCCUCAUCAAGCUGGACAAGACUGUGGUGGUGGCAGACUUUGGGCUGUCACGGCUCAUAGUCGAGGAGAGGAAGAAGCCCCCAGUGGAGAAGGCCACCGCCAAGAAGCGUACCCUGCGCAAGAGUGACCGCAAGAAGCGCUACACAGUGGUGGGAAACCCCUACUGGAUGGCCCCUGAGAUGCUGAACGGAAAGAGCUACGACGAGACGGUGGAUGUCUUCUCUUUUGGAAUCGUCCUCUGUGAGAUCAUCGGGCAGGUGUAUGCAGAUCCUGAUUGCCUGCCCCGAACACUGGACUUCGGCCUCAACGUGAAGCUCUUCUGGGAGAAGUUUGUCCCCACAGACUGCCCCCCAGCCUUCUUCCCCCUGGCCGCCAUCUGCUGCAGACUGGAGCCCGAGAGCAGACCGGCAUUCUCCAAACUGGAGGACUCCUUUGAGGCCCUCUCCCUGUACCUGGGGGAGCUGGGCAUCCCGCUGCCUGCAGAGCUGGAGGAGCUGGACCACACUGUGAGCGUGCAAUAUGGCCUGACCCGGGACUCGCCCCCCUAGCCCUGGCCCACCCCCCUGCGGGGGGGCGUUCCACAGCAGCACUGCCCCCUCUGCGCCUCAUCCCUGCUGUGGGCAGGGCCGUCCGGGCUUCCUGUGGAUUGGCAGCUUGCAUAGAAGCAGAACCGGCCAUCCCUACUACCUCCCCAGGAGGCGAGCGGGCGCGGCACCAGGGAAACCAUCUCCACAGGUUCUAGGGCCUGGUUAUUGUCUAUAAAUCCAAUACUCGCCUGAAAGCUGUGAAGAAGAAAACAAACAAAACAAGCCUGGUCCCCCUGCCAGGAGGAAUCUGCUACUUGUGACCACUUGGGAACUCCCUGGCAGUGGAUUCCGGGAGGCUCUUGCUUACACUAGUCCUCACGACUGGGACCUGCUGGGCAGGAUCCCAGGCGCACCUGCCUGUGGGUUCUGAAGCCUCUGGUCCAGCUGGUGCAGGAGGACUCCUUGUGGGAGUGUGGUGGAGAGAGCGGCCAUCCGAGGAUGUGAAGUGACAGUGGUGCUAGCCCCUUCCACGCCACGUCCCGCCCUCCCCGGGCAGGGUCAGGGGAGCAGGUUUUGAAGUGUCUCUUAGUCGGUGUGUGGUGGGUCAAGCGAGGCGUCAGGGGAAGGGCUGGUUUCUGUUCACCUCCCGGGCCCGGGGGCCACAUCGGCUCAAGGGGGAGCUUCCCCCCGUGUUCUCAAACUGAGCUGCUGGAGACUGGCUGGGAACUCCUGGGAACGUCCUUUCUGCCUGCAACAAGCCGUCAAGAGGCUGGGCUGGAAGGAUGAGGCCCUGCCCGCUAGAAAGCCCUAGUAUCCUGGCUGCUGUCACUCACACCCUGGUGGGCACCUCAGUCAGGAGCCUGGGAUUUUGCUUAGGUGGGUCCUGAAGAAUAGUGUGGCUGGUCACAGGCCCAGCGUGUGGGACGGGGCUGGGAAUCCCCGCAGGCUCCCGGCCCUGUCCUCCUGGCAGCUGCUGCUCACCCCUCGCUGGGCCUGAUCCAGGCAGCAACUUGGGUGGCAAGAGGUGGUGGCAGAGUCCAGGGCGGAGGUGCUGGGGGACAGCUCCCCAAGCCAGGCUCUCUGCCUUCUACCUCCCUUGUUGGCAGGCCCAGCUCACGAGCUCCUGGCCCCAGCCUCCUGAGCCACAGCUGUGGGCGCUGAAAAGCCCGGGGGGCACCCUUCACCCUGGCUUCCGGAGCUGGUGGGGGUUCUUGAACAUAAGUAGAUUUGCCUCCCCAUAAGUGUGACCUUGCACCAUAUUUAACAAAUUAGGAGUGGGUUUGGGAUCCUACUGCAAUGUGUGGUAGUUGUAUUGGGGGUGGGGGGAGGAGGCGGGUGGGAGUGAUGCAGGAGCACGGUUGCUGUUCAGACUGUCUUGUUGUCGUACCUGUGGGGUGAUAUGUGAAAUGCUGUACAUAGACUUGAUGAGUUGCGGGACUGGAUGUCACCUCUGGCCAGAGUUUCCUUGCUGUCUAGACCAUACUUAGGUGUGGAGUGUGCAGGUUCGUUCUAGGGUCGAGCCCUGGGUUCCCAGCAGCAGCAAGGCCGGCACUGUGUGGCUGGCAGUGCCUCAGCGGUCCCUGCAAGUGUGGGGGUGGUGGGCCCAAGGCGGGCCAUCGAGCAGACCAAAUAAAUUAAGCAGUUAACAUAA